UAUCCAGGAAAAGCUAACUGAAAUGACCUCAGCGUGUACGCGUAACGCUUUGUAUAAAUGGAAAGACUCGUGUUCUUGGACUUUUGAGUGUCUGGGAGUUAAACAUCUUGACAGUUGAGAACAUUGUAUCAAUGAUUGAGACUGACAGGUUAGCUAGCUACCGAGGAGAGGCUGCGAGUAUGGAGGAUUUACACGGCGAGUAGCAGCGGACAUGCCUUAAUAAACGUAUCCAAAUAUACAGCCUAGCUGCCCGAAUUUCAAACGGCUCUUUCCUCAGCUGCCGGCUGAGUUUCGCUGGUAAUCCCAUGGUUGUUGCCAGUACUUCACGCAUUCACUUUGCAGUGUAAUGGCAGAUUGGACUGCUGCUGCCUCUAGUUUGACAGAAUCCUGCUGCGAGCCACUACACCCCUGCUAGUCCUACUGUAACUCCACUCUAACUCCCAUCAGAGACAAUGGACCCAAACAAGACUAUAAAGACCUCCUGGACCAGUUUAUCUGAGGCUCCUUCAUGCUGCUAAGACCUGUAUUCACAACAUCAUCUCAUGGCUCAGAUUCAGCAGCUUCACCUGUGAAGUUGCUGAAACAGUUUGCCUGAAAAAGCACUGAAGAGACAAAACAAAAACCAAAAAAGAACAGCGGCCCUUGGUUGUUGACUGUGAGCAGGUUGUGUCUCUGUGGUUAGGUCUGUAAUCAUGGGGAAAGAACAGGAUUUGCUGGUGGCAGUGAAGAGUGGAGAUCUUCUGCUGGCACACAAGCUCCUCUCCAAAGUCAAGUGCAACAAAACCAAAUUGCUGGGCUCCACCAAGAGACUCAACAUCAACUACCAAGACUCAGACGGCUUUUCAGCUCUGCACCAUGCCGCCCUGACAGGCACCACGGAGUUGCUGUCUCUGCUGCUGGAGGCCCAGGCCACAGUGGAUAUCAAGGACAUCAACGGCAUGCGUCCACUCCACUAUGCAGCGUGGCAGGGAAAAGCAGACUCAGUCUUAUUGUUACUGAGAGCCGGCUCUUCAGUCAACUCCCUUUCCCAUGACGGACAGAUACCGUUGCAUCUCUCUGCUCAGUAUGGACACUAUGAGGUGUCUGAGAUGUUGCUGCAGCACCAGUCUAACCCCUGCCUGAUGAACAAGGCAAAGAAGACUCCUCUAGAUUUGGCUUGCGAGUUUGGAAGGCUGAAGGUGGCUCAGCUGCUGUUAAGCAGUAACAUGGUGGCAGCGCUGUUAGAAGGGGAGGGAGGGCACGACAGCCCUGACUAUCCAUCCACCACCCCUCUCCACCUAGCAGCCAGGAACGGACACAAAGACAUCAUCAAGUUGUUGCUCAAAGCUGGUAUUGAUAUCAACAGAGCCACCAAAGCAGGGACGUCGCUGCAUGAGGCCGCCCUCUAUGGCAAAACUGAAGUUGUGCGACUGCUGCUUGAUGCGGGCAUCAAUGUGAACAUGCGCAACACUUACAACCAGACAGCUUUGGACAUCGUCAACCAGUUCACCACCUCCACAGCCAGUAGAGAAAUCAAACAGCUGCUCAGAGAGGCAUCGAGCUCACUCCAGGUCAGAGCGGUGAAGGACUACUGGAACCUCCACGACCCCACUGCUCUUAACCUCCGGGCUGGAGAUCUUAUUAUGGUCCUGGAGCAACACCCAGACGGCCGCUGGAAAGGUCACAUCCAUGACACCCAGCGGGGCACGGACCGGGUGGGCUUCUUUCCCCCUUCGGUGGUGGAGGUCCUCAGCAGACGAGCAGGGGGCACCCUUUCCCGUCAAGCCUCAAUACAUUGUCAACGACACCAGUUUGCAUCCAGAGCUCCUCCCUCGAGCCACGGCCCCGCCCUUCAGACUGACGACUCAUACAGCCAGGGCUGUGAUCCCACAGGUGCUCUACCUGACAGUCAGCUCUCAGCCCCAGCUAGUCCUGCUAGCCCCACUCAGGACAUUUGGGUCCUCAGGAGCUCUCCCACUGGUGACAGAAACAGCGUUGGCAGUGCCGGCAGUGUGGGCAGCAGCCGCAGCGCCGGUAGUGGCCAGAGCUCAGAGAGUGGUCACAAACAGAAUGGGGCUCAGAAUCGACACAAUGCUGACACCGGCAAGGUUAGAUCUGCUCACAAUGACCAGGGAGAGCACCUGCAACUGGCUCCCCCUGCUGGUGAAUCAGGAGACCAUCUCCACAUUGCAGCACUAGACCACAACAAACAGGCAGAUGGAACCACAGGUGUUUCCCGUCGGCAGGUCAACGGCACUCCUCAGAAAGGCUUUGUGAGGCCGCAGCAGCUUCUGGAGGGGAAGGACUCUGAGGCCAUCUACCAGUGGUUGUGUGAGUUCCAGUUGGAGCAGUACACCGCUAACUUCAUUAACGCUGGAUACGAUGUACCCACCAUCAGCAGGAUGACCCCUGAGGACCUGACAGCCAUCGGAGUGACCAAACCGGGCCACCGAAAGAAGAUUUCGAUGGAAAUUGGAAAACUGAGCAUCCCUGAGUGGCUGCCUGAUUACAUUCCUUCAGACCUCGGUGAGUGGUUGAGUGUGAUCGGACUGCCUCAGUACCAGAAGAGGUUGUGUGACAAUGGCUAUGACUCCAUCUCUAUUGUCAAAGACAUCACCUGGGAGGACCUGCAGGAGAUAGGCAUCACCAAACUGGGCCAUCAGAAGAAGCUAAUGUUAGCAGUGAAGAGACUUUGUGACCUGCAGCGCUCUCGUAACCAAGCCGACAGAGCUGGAGGCGGGACUCUCCGACGGAAGCCUCCUGCCGCCCUGGAGCUGGUGGCCAUCGAACACACACCGACACACAACGUGCACGCUCACUGUCGCUCUGACGCUCCUUCUGAUGACUGCUGUCCCUCCCCUCGCACCCCCAGGGCCCUCCUCUCCUUCCAGGACAGCGAGUUGAGUGCUGAGCUGCAGAGUGCUAUGAUGGGCAGGGCGGGAGGGGGCGCUGCCGAGGCGUUCAGCAUUAAGGGUGUGACUCCUGCUGCCGCCAUAUCUGCCAUGUCGGUCAGUCAGGAAAGCAUUAGCAUGCGAUCACGAGGAUCAGGGAAUUCUGGAAAUUCUGGAAAUUCAAAUUCCAGAUACUCUCAAGAUCACCAAGCUGCACCAUUUUCAGCCAGGGUAUGUAGCCAAUCAGAGGAGAGUCUGGGGAGUGGUGCAGGGGAAGAGGCCAAACAUGGAGGUAGCAGUCCUGGAGGCAGAAGUAGACAGAGACCCACAGAGAUGUGGGAGCAGCAGAGUCGGUCUGCUACCCCCAACAAACUCCCAUUCUCCCCACUGACUCCCCCACUAACCCCUAGCAAGAUGCCUCGCUUUGCUUACCCAGCCAUCCCACCAAAAGCCAAACACAUGCAGUCCCCUAACCGCCUCUAUCAACCUCAUCACCACCCACCCUCCUCUCCUUCCUCUCCCUCUCCACAGCCUUCACCCACACAGAAGGCCUUCAGUUACCUCCAUGCCCCGGCAGGAGGUGCCAACAUGGCUCCUUGGGGGCUUACCAAGCCUCUGCCUGGAGCCGUUCCCCUGCUGGGACCCCGGCCUGGACAGAACGCAGCUAAUGAUGCCCAGCGAGGCUCGCACAAGAAGCGUGCCCAAAGCCUGACUCGCUACGCUCUGUCUGACGGCGAACCAGAUGAAGAUGACGACAUCACGCCCCCUUGCAACUCUUCUUCCUCUGCAGCCAUGCCCUCUUACGCCACCUUGUCUCGCAGGCCGGGGCGCGGGCACACAAGCGCCACAGGGGCCCAACGUCACAUCAACCGUAGCCAUUCGUUUGCCGUGCGAUCCCGACGCAAGGGCCCACCGCCGCCACCACCCAAGAGGAUGAGCUCCGUAAGCGACAGUCCAACACGCCAACCGGGAAAUGGGAAAGUGGUCGAGCCAGUGGUGAAGGAAGGGGUGGAGACAUCAAGCACAGGCAGUGUGAGAAGCAUUGCAGCCAGGCUAGAGGGAAGCAGCAGCAGUCCGUCUAGGAGGAUAGAUAUACCACCACCUCAUAUCCCAGUGUCACCUGUUUUCAGCCCUAUUUCCUCCCCGAUUCCACAUGGGAUGACUCCUCACCUCAUCCUACAGCACUCCAAACCUAUCCCUGCUCUGAGCCUGGGGGGCUUGAGGAGGACAGAAGUAGAGACUGACAGACAAGGUGGUGGAGGCACAGAAGGAACACUUGAAGAGAAAGCGAGGAAAAGUGAGAGAAUAUCAAAAAUUGCUACUGCAACUCCAAAGCACAGCUCGGGAGACCACCUGCCCUUCGCUGAAGAAGGCAACCUCACUAUCAAACAGCGGCCCAGGAUAGCAGUUGUCACCCAAGCACAUGCUGAAGUCAAGACCCCUCCAGAGGGUACAGUUCAGACCCCGAACAGCCUGGAGCUCCCGGAGUUCAACCUGAAAGAGUCUGACACAGUGAAAAGACGGCACAAACCCAAAGAGUCAUCGACGCCUGAGGAGGCUACCACUCCCAGCAGAGAUGAUAACCAUUUGCAAAACAACAGUCUCCGCACACACAAUAACAUCAGCACUAUGCGUGACGAUGAAUCUCACCUGGUGGGGAAUGUUUUCCAGAGAGUGGGCUCCAUGGGAAAAGGCCCCAAACCUCCAGUGUCCUCAAAACCUUGCAGUCCUCUCAAACAGCCCACUAACAGCAAACCAACAACCCCCCAGAAAACAGUCUCUUCUGUACAAGCUAGUGCACAAACCGCCAUUCCUAAACUAACCAGCGUACAAAUUCACACAGUCUCCCCGAAGGUGGGUGGCAGCGUACACACACAAACAUGUCCGCCCAGUCCCAAACCUGUGAAACACCCACAGCCAGUGAUGUCCAAACCAGAGAGUCCACAGAAAGCAGCUGUUUUGUCUGCAUCGAGACUCCCGCAGCCCAGCGUAGCCUCGACGUCAACAGCAGGGCCGAGCCCCGCCAUGGUCCAGAACAUUGCGUUUGCUGCUCCAUCCUCUCCAGCUUCAGCCUCUUCGCACCCAAUCUCAACAUUACUGUGUCAGGCAGGGACACCCCUGGACGGUGCAGCCGGUCUGGAGGUGCUGGCCCAGAAGAGGCUGGAGAAAACCAGUACAUCACUGGAAGCUGCUCUCAAAGUGGUGGAGAACAAACUGGCACAGGACAGCAGUGUGGACGGCGGCAGCAGCACAGUGAAGGCAGCAGGAAAUAUCCUGGAUGACAUUGGCAACAUGUUUGAUGACCUGGCUGACCAGCUGGACGCCAUGUUGGAGUGACAUCCCGAAACUCCGCCUCAUCAGGACGAAGUAACAGACAGAGAAUGGAGACAAGCCAGCAAACAGAGGACGAAGACUCAACAUCUCUUCAUGACUCUGGAUGAAUCAGUAAGUGCACAUGUGAGGAUUUCCUGCGUGACUUUUUUUCAACGCGAGCACUUCGCCUUAGGACACACACCUGGGAAUGUUAUUGGAGCAGCAACAAACAGCAGCUGCAAGGUCAGCUUCCAGAUGUGUGUGUGUGUGUGUGUGUGUGUGUGUCUUCACUAUAUUAUCACUAAAGGGAAUGAGGGUCCACUUUAUUCACACAUGACCUGUAAAUAUAUAGAGAAGUCUAUGGUGGCACUGUGUAUGUGUGUAGUCAGAUAUGUUUAUACUGAGUAUAUUUAUACUUCUAUAUGUUUGUUUUUUAACAAAUGGAGUUCCUCAUGACUGUUUCAGUGUUUCAGUCAUUCUAGUGUACAUUAGCUUUCCUGUGUUAUAUAUAUUUAGCUGCUUAUUGUCUAUAACAUGAUGAAAAUAUUGUUUAUUGCUUUAAAAGCAGCAUAUUCCAUGUACUAUAUUUGUUUUUACAUGUUUUUUUUAUUGUUUUGUUUUUGUUUUUUUUAACCAAAGUCUUGUAUCCUCUUCAGGGGGCACGUUAUGAGGUUUUUUUUAAAGCAUCAUUGUCAGGGAGCGUCAAGAUGUGGAGCUCAGUCCAGUUCUCACACACAGUUUGGAAGGUUUUACAGCUCACCUCAGGGUGCUAUGAAGUGAAUUUACCGUGAGUGUGUGUAAGAAUGGGACACGCUGUUAAACAUUUAAUUUAAACAGUGAUUUGUUACAGAGUGGAAGAUCAACAUAGUUAAUUAUUUCAAAGUGACUGAACACUGUAAGGGAUUGGGUGUGUAUAUAGAGGACUGGAGAGCUCCAGGUGUUGUCUUAUUGGUUUUAAAAGGAAAGUGUAACAAUCUUGUAAAACAAUUCUUGUUUUACAUUGAGUUUGGAAUUUUUAAACAUUUUUUUAAGAAAUGAUUCAGACACACUCCAGACUCUGUAGAAGAACAGGAACCUUUCACAAAGCUAUUAAUGGGGUUAACUCUGGCUUUAUGGUUCUCACUGAAUAAUUGCUUUUUACUGUCACAAUGAACGAUAUUUCCAACAAUAUCAUUCUGUCCCAUUAAAUAUGAUGCUAUAGAUCUACAGUGAUGGGUUUGUUACAAGCCCCCACCAGCACGAGCUUCCAGUUGGAUUGACAAUCCCAGAGUUAACCGAAAGAACCAGCUGUUGUUGAAGCCAGAUGUUUCUUAAGUUACGUUUAGAGUCAUUUAGUGUUUUCUGACCAUUCCUCGGCAAAACUCUUCUUUUUUUGAUUUCAUCGUGUUGCAUUUUACUCAUUCCCCCUAUUUUUAUGCACCUUAUAGAGAAUUCACUGCACAAGAAGAUGAUUUUCUUAUUAAUCUGACUCCUACUGUCAGUUGUUCACCCUGCACCACACACUCGUUGUGUGGUUGAAUGCCUGUAUAUGAGCCAUCCUCUGCCAAUGAGGCCAGUAAAGAAAAGCCAUUACCAUUAUUACAUUACAUCAAAUUCACUUUCUGUUUUUUUUUUUUUUUAAAUAUAUAAACGGCUCUCAUAAUGUUCUUACUAAACUGUUGAAGGGAGAAGAUUUUGGUGCGCACUAACACAAUCAGGGAGUUGGCAUGUUUUUACAGCAUUUUGACACUAAAACGUGAAGUUCCAGCACUAUCUGUUCCUCUGAUCUAUUCUGAUGGAUGCCUGUUACCUUACAUUAAUAUUUCAACUGAAUUCUGUAUCAUCGUGGAAAUCAUUAAAAGAGACUUUGUACUGAGGAAAGUGG